AUGUUAGCACAUGGUUUAGUAAGUUCUGCUUUAUUUAUUGCCGUUACUUUUUUGUAUGAACGACAUCAUACUCGUUUAGUUAGAUAUUAUAGGGGAAUGGUUAUUACUAUGCAAUUAUUUGGAGCAUUAAUGUUGGCUUUAGUGUUAGCAAAUGCGUCAAUUCCUUUGAGUUGUAAUUUUGUAGGAGAAUUCUUUUCAUUAUUGCCAGCUUUUGAGUAUAGUUAUGUUGUGGGGGUAUUAGCUUCUUUAGGGACCGUUUUAUCUGCUGGUUAUUAUUUGAGGGGGUAUUAA